AUUUUUGAUACAUUGACAAAUUUUUACUGUCAAAUUAUUAAAUUGAAUUAUUCCUGAAUAUAAAAUAAGUAACAAAAAAAAUGUCUUCGUACAUGAUUUUUAAGCAUAAUAGAAACAACUACCGAAGCAACGGCAGCAACGAUAAACACCUCAACAACAAUCGUAACAAACGUCUAAAUAAUAAUAAUCGUAUUCAACCAUAUUCAAGACAUAUAAACUUAGCAAUGGAUUCUACAACACCGUUUAACCAUUAUUACUGCAAUAGACGACAAAAAUCGAAAAAUGAACACGAUAGAAGAAUCGGUGGAGGUCCAAUAACAAACAAAACUGAAUAUCAUGAUGAUAAUGAACGGGAAAAUUCAAAUUAUAGUGUAAAAGCAUUCUCAUCGAAACGUUUUAAAAGUGUAUCACCAAUAAAUUCGUGGUGCAGUUACGCAGAUUUUGAAGUUAAUCAAAGAAUAAGUGAAUCAAUUCGAAUUAGAAAUGAUGAGGAAUUAAGUGAAUCGUCAUCGGUCCAAUGUCUUGAUUCUAUCCAUGGAUCGAGGACCGUAAUUGACUUGAUAUCAGUUGGAAAUAAUGAAGAAAUUUCAACAGAUGAUUUUAAAUUAAAAUCUACUGAGGAAGAUUUUAAUGAUAAGUCGUCAUCGCCAAACCAAGAAAAAGAUAAAGAUUUAAUUAAUGCCAAAAAUGAAUUGAAAAAGUUCGACGACAUUCUAUCAAAAUAUCAAAUGAAUCUAAACAAGAUAUCGGAAACUCCAUUGAGUUACGAAGAUCAUAAAAUUAUCGAAGAAUAUUUAAACAUAAUAAUAUCAAUGGAAGAAGAUUCUCGAAUUAAAGAAAUUCGAUGAAGUAAUAGUGAGCCAAUUCAAAUUUUUUCUAUUAAAAAUAAAAAAAUGAUACACACUUCCAAAG